AUGCAUAAAGCUGAAUUUCUAGACAUCGACCAAACCGAAAUUUCCUCCGUACUCGCUGGAGGUUACAACCACCCAUUACUAAGAGAAUGGCAAAGUGAACGUCAAUUAUCCAAAAACAUGUUGAUCUUCCCUCUUUUCAUCUCAGACAAUCCUGAUGAGAGUACCCCAAUCGAAUCUCUCCCCAAUAUAAAGAGAUUCGGUGUGAACAAAUUAUCUGAGUAUUUGAAACCAUUGGUCGCUAAGGGAUUGAAAUCUGUCAUCUUGUUCGGUGUGCCUUUGAAAGCCGGGAUCAAGGAUGAGUUUGGUACCGCGGCAGACGAUCCAGAGGGACCAGUUAUUCAAGGUAUCAAAGUCUUACGUGAGAACUUCCCUGAUUUGUAUAUAGCCUGUGACGUUUGUCUUUGUGAAUAUACUUCUCAUGGUCAUUGUGGUGUUCUAUUACCUGACGGCACAAUCGACAGAGAGAGAAGUGUGGCUAGAAUAGCCGCAGUAGCUGUAAACUAUGCUAAGGCUGGUGCCAACUGUGUGGCUCCAAGUGAUAUGAUCGAUGGAAGAAUUAAAGAAAUUAAACGUGGUUUGAUUAAUGCUAAGUUGGCACAUAAAACAUUCGUUUUGUCUUAUUCAGCUAAAUUUAGUGGGAACUUGUAUGGCCCAUUCCGUGAUGCAGCUUGUUCUUCUCCAUCAGCUGGGGAUAGAAAAUGUUAUCAAUUACCACCUGCUGGACGUGGAUUGGCCCGUAGAGCACUAAAGAGGGAUUUGAAUGAAGGUGCUGAUGGGAUCAUCAUCAAGCCUUCUACAUUUUAUUUAGAUAUUAUGAGAGAAGCAAGUGAUAUUUGCGCUGAUUUACCCAUCUGCGCAUACCAUGUAUCUGGUGAAUAUGCUAUGCUUCAUGCUGCUGCUGAAAAGGGAAUUGUUGAUUUGAAGACAAUCGCUUUCGAAUCCCAUCAAGGGUUCUUGAGAGCUGGUGCCAGAUUGAUCAUCACAUAUUUUGCCCCAGAAUUCUUGGAAUGGUUAGAUAAUUAA